CUCCCCUUCUUCCUUCUUCCUUCUUCCUUCUUCGAUCGAUCGCCAUAAUCGAACCAUUUCAAGCUCGCUACCACCGUCUCUGGCAAACCAAAGCUCACCUCUGCAUUCUUUCACCACACCAACUGAACAAACCCCCAAGUUUAACAUCCUGAUUCUAGUUUUCGAUCUAGCGUUACGAUGGUAGGGGCCUGCUUCUAGGGGGUUUCAGAGGCUCUUAUUUCUUGACUUCACGGUAAUGGAGGUGAAGCUGAUCCAUUCUUUGCUUCUAGCAACUUGCUUCAUGCUUGGAUUGGAAAGUUUGAACGCCGUAUCAAAUGAUUCCUUUCUGGCUGCAUCUUCUGGAAAUGAAAGCCACAGUGAAGUUUCUUUGUCAACAGCACCAUGUCCUUCUGGUUGGGUCAUGGGACCAAGUAAGACAACGUGCUUUAAAUAUACUGGAGACUCUCAGUCUUGGAAUGAAUCAGAAAAUAUCUGCAGAGGUUAUCAUGGCCACCUUGCAGCAUUAACAUCAUUUGCAGAACUGAGAUUUGCCCAAGACCUGUGUAGCAAGGCGAUGGCUGAUAAUGAAUGCUGGGUUGGAGGCAGAAGCAUGAAUACUAGCACUGCGAUGGACUGGACGUGGUCUGACAGUACUUAUAACUGGAAUGAAACGCUUGUUAAUGUGGUCACACAAGAUCUGAAGUCCAGUUGCACCAAUUCUUCAUGCUUCUACAAUUACAAAGAUGACUCGGCUUCUGUGUGUACCAUAUUGACCAAUAGAACCAUGUCUCUUGUGGCCAACAGAUGCAACGUAUCUCACCCAUCUAUAUGCAUGCUUGUUACAGAGAGUAGAUGUCAGCAUAUGCACUGCCACAAAGAAUAUCUCAUUAUACUUGCGAUUGUGAGUGGGCUAAUUCUCUUCACCACAUUUGCGGUGGUGAUAUGGCUCCUUGUGUACAGGCGGAUCAAGAGACGCAGAAGAUCUCGAAAAUUAUCUAAUCCUGCAGAAUCGGCUUUAGUUCCUCCAUCAUGGAAAAUCUUUACCCGUGAGGAAUUGAGGUCGAUUACAAAGAACUUCAGUGAAGGUAACCGUCUUCUUGGGGAUGCUAAGACAGGUGGCACGUAUAGUGGGCUUUUGCCAGAUGGAUCAAGGGUGGCAGUGAAAAGGUUGAAGAGGUCUACUUUCCAAAGGAAGAAAGAAUUCUACUCGGAGAUUGGAAGGGUAGCAAGGCUUUGCCAUCCAAAUUUAGUGCCAGUGAAAGGAUGCUGCUAUGAUCAUGGUGAUCGCUACAUCGUGUAUGAGUUUGUAAUACAUGGUCCUCUCGACAGAUGGUUACACCAUAUUCCCAUGGGUGGUAGGAGUUUAGAUUGGACCAUGAGGAUGAAGGUUGCUACAACUCUUGCACAGGGAAUUGCGUUCCUGCAUGACAAGGUAAAGCCACAAGUGGUCCACCGUGACAUUCGUGCAAGCAAUGUACUUUUAGAUGAGGAUUUUAGCGCGCAUCUAAUGGGCGUCGGACUGUCAAAGUUUGUACCAUGGGAAGUGAUGCACGGUAGGACCGUAAUGGCAGGUGGGACCCAUGGGUACCUUGCCCCAGAGUUUGUCUAUAGAAACGAGUUAACCACAAAGAGCGAUGUCUACAGCUUCGGGGUUCUACUACUAGAAAUAAUCAGCGGACGUAGACCCGCAUCUCAAGCCGUUGAUUCAGUGGGCUGGCAAAGUAUUUUCGAGUGGGCCACCCCACUUGUUCAAUCUCACCGUUACCUCGAACUUCUCGAUCCUGUGAUUUCCGCAUCUUCUUCCACUUCACCUUCUCGAAUACCUGAAGCUGGAGUGGUCCAAAAGGUAGUCGACCUCGUGUAUUCAUGUACUCAACAUGUACCAUCGAUGCGGCCUAGAAUGUCCCAUGUGGUUCAUCAGUUACAGCAGUUGGCAGCUUAGCAUAGAUUCAUUCUCUAACCAUGUAUUUUUGUUUGGCCCAAUUUCUAUAUUAUUAAGAAAGUCAUGCCCCAAAGACCCUUUCUUCAUAUGUAUGGCAUGUUGUAGCAUCAGCAGCUGCUAAAUUAUGCAAUUUUUAUCA